AUGGACGUCUCAACCCGAUCAAUCGCGGAGCUAAUCGAGACAAAGCAGUACAAGAAAGCACUGCGAGCGUCCGAUCAAAUCCUGAAGAAGCACUCGAAACAUGGGGAGACACUUUGUAUAAUUUUUGCAUGAAUUUGAUCGCUCAAUGUUGACUUCAUGCCGAUGCGUAGUUCCUCUUCCACCUCGUCGCUGAGCUUCACAAUCGCAAGUCUUACACCAAAAACCACAGGUCUGAAAGGGCUGACGCUCCGAUACACGGGGAAGACAGACGAGGCUUACGAGCUGGUGAAAUUAGGAUUAAGCCUGCACACAAAAAGCUACGUAUGUUGGCACGUAUACGGGUUGCUGCACAGGCACGACAAAAAUUACGUCGAAGCAAUAAAAUGCUACAGUAUAGAACAUGAUGACUGUGUUGCGCUGCUGCAUGAUUUGGCAUGACAGUCGUAAAGUGUUAGCGUGGUAAACUUUCAAUGUCAAUAAAACAAAUGUAACCUUAGGUUUAGCGUGGUAAACUUUCUAGGUCCUAGCCGCUAGCCGACCACAUGGUCGUAGAGACAAUGAACCGAAAGAAACUUCCAAGAACUAGAACUACAGGACUGAAAUGCAAAUGCAACACAGAAAGCGCCCUGAAAUUCGAGCCGCACAACCUGCAGAUUAUUCGGGAUCUGGCGUUGCUUCAACUUCACGAGAGGGAAUUUCCUGGCGCCGUGGAUACCAGGAAAAAGCUUAUGGGUAUUGCUUAAACUUCCUCAAUUUGCAAUGCUGAGUUUAGAGUCGGACCUUGUUCUAUUCAUGCAUGUUGACGAGGCGCAGAGACAGCGCAUCAACCGUUCGACUUCGACGUGUGGAAGCGCAUGAUAAAGUAAAAGUUCAAAGCCGCAAACUCGAUGAAACAAUCACAAAAAACAGAGAUGAAGCCCAACAACAUCAAUAUCGUGGGCUACGCAGUGACAGCCCACAUGAACGGAAACGCAGCCGGCGCCUUGGAAGCUUUAUGCGAUCAGUCCAAGCUCGCCGACGAUUUCUCUAAGGUGGAGCGAUCGGAGUUUGUCCUGUACAAAGCGGCACUGUUAGAGCAGUCAGGGCAGUGGAAGGAACUAUUGGAGAUGUUAGCGGACCAGGAACAGAAAAUCAUGGAUAAGACGAAAUUGCGGGAAAUUAGGGGGAGGAUUCUGAUGUAUAGACAUUUCAUCUUCUUCACUGAUCGAACGAGUUUUUCUUUUUCCGUUAGCAGUAUGGAUGAGCAUGACAAAGAAAGUGCGUUGCGGUUCGGGUAUCUUUUGGUGCAUGACAAAGUGAAAGUGUUGAAGUGGAUAUCACUAUACGAUCAUCCCAAAAACAUCAGGUACUGUGGCAAAAUGCAGGAAGCGAAUUCGCUUUACAAGGAGCUGUAUAUGAAAAACCCAGAGAAUCACAUCUACAUCCUCUGCCUGAUCGCCACUGACCCGCGAUUUCGCGAGUUCUGGCCACCACUACCAGCACCAAUAAUCAUCUCCCCAGUAGCCAAAAAGGAGGAGCCAACAUCCGCUUGCCAAAAGGGGUGCUGCGAUGUUGAGCCGGCAAAAGCAGUUGAGGCAGCGAAGAAGGAGGAUUCUGAGGGCUCAACCACCGCCGGGGAAGAGACACCGAAGGACAAAGAUUCUAAGAAAUGCGAAAAAUCCUCAAGUAGUAGCUGCAACUACGUAAAAGACAUCGACUUCUCAACCAUCCCGUUUGGCACAGUCCCGACGAGCAACGCACAGGCAUUUCCGCCAGAAAUGCACCCAGCAGGGUCCCCGGUCUUCGGCUGGCUCUGCCCGGAAAAGAAUAGCUUUUUGCAGAAAGCGUGUUACAAAAGAAUCGGGAAGCGAAUGAUGAAGCAGAAAAGGCCAUACUUGAGCUUUCCCGUCGGCGGAGAACUGAGUGGGGAGAAACAGAAGGAGCUACUGGAGUACCUCGGCGAGUUAAGAGACCAGAAAAAGUCGGAAUCCGCGGAAAGAAUAGGACUGUUCUUCCUCAGCGGAACGUUUUUCCAGGAAAAGCUGAAGGUAUAGUAGUGCGUGGAUUCUUGUACUACCUGGGAAUGAAUUUUUCAGUUUGCAAUGCAAUGAGUGCUGGCUACGCCAAGUUUGUCUUGCCACGUACCAAAAGAAAUAUAUUCAUCUCAAUACUAAACAGAAAUUCCUUCGCCCACGGCUGCAGAAGGGAUUGCCAUCGCUUUUCCGACUGCUGAAGCCCUUUUACUUCUACGACUCAAGCAGAUGGAGUCUCAUCGAGGAAGCACUGCUGAGCCUGCUAGGUAUGAAUUUGAUAUUUACGCUUUUUUGUGUUGCAGAUUUGGCAUGAUGUUGCCCAUGAAUUGGAACAAGCAUAGAUGUCGUGCCAUGCACAACUACUUCCUCUCUCAGAAUUCCAGCAUGCAGCUGUUCUUUGAUGUAAUCGCAAAAACGACAUCAACCACAGACCCACUCGAGAAGUACUACUCUUUCGACGGUUCCGAUUCUGUCGACAGCACCACCCCCACGUCCCUCCUCUUCCUCUACCAAUUAAUCGCGGAGCAUUUCAACAUCCUCGGCGACUUUGGAAAAGCGCUUCAAUUUAUCGAGAAGGCCAUCGAAAUGGCGCCAACGCACCCGGAAUUGAUGAUGAUUAAGGGCAAGAUUUUGAAGGACAGCGGCGAUUUGUGGAAGGCCGCGGAAUUCUACAACACCGCUAGGGAACUGGACUUGGCGGACAGGUACUCAACGAGAAUAAAAAUAGUUGUGAUGCGCCAAUAGAUCCUCAGCACGCGCAACGUAUAAGGAUAAACAGCACACGAAUAGUACAUGCAGCUUCAUCAUCAUCGCGCGAUGAAUCCAGUAUCAGCCCGAAGAAGAAGCGACAGCUGAUCUUUGUGAUGCAAUACAAAACGUUCAACAGGUAUCUCAACACCCGUGCCGUGAAGGCGAUGCUGCGAAUCGACGACUGCAAGAAAGCGCAGCCAACGAUGAUUCUUUUCUCAAGAGACAGCGCCGCAGCGGGGGAGGGUGCCACAGAAAAACCAAGCGAGGCAGCGACAAACCUGCACGACAUGCAGUGCAUGUGGUACUCCUGCGAGGAUUUUUGAUUUUAGUUUUACGCCUUCAGAAUUUUUUUUUUUGCUUCGUAACAUACAACAUCUGACGCAACAUGAGAGCCGUGAGUUGCCAUGAUUCCCUUUCACACUUACAUUUUCCUGUCCCAACCAUCGAACUCAGGUAUGAAGCCGAGGUUUCGCGCUCCUACGUAAGACAAAAGAUCUACGGGCGGGCGUUGCGCUACAUGAAGGCGACCAUUAGCCAUUUCCAAGAUAUGAACGACGACCAGUUUGACUUCCACAACUACUGCAUAAGGAAAAACGGCUUGACAACCUACGUCUCCAUGCUCCAACUGCAGGACAAAUUGUUUUCCCACAAAUUCUACCGCCGAGCCGCGAAGGACAUGAUCCAGCUCUGCGUUUUGCUGCUAGACAUUGGCAAGAAGGGGAGCACCGGAACGAAUGUUGGGGGCGGGAAGGGCGAAGCUGGUAGUGCCGAGGCGGAGGAUCCAAACAGGGAAUUAACCGCUGCGGAGAAAAAGAAACUGAAGCACGCAGCGAAAAGACAAGGGAAGAAGGUGAAGGAAUUUGUAUUCGUUGUUUUUCCAAGCACAAAGUGCAACGAUCUUCCAUGUUGGAACGAAACAUACAUUGCUAUCUCCAAGAGUGCACAUUUGUCCCUUCACACACGAAAAAUUUUCAACGAAAAGCGAAAUAAUGAUAAACUUUAUCAGGCUGAAGUUGAGAAGGAGCAGUCGAAACAGCACGAGGCAGCGACCGUCCUUCCCUGCACAGUCGCGAAGUCCGUCGAUCCGAACGGAACCGAAUACCUCGAGAAGUUCGACCUGCAAAAGGAGGCGCAAGACACCGCGUUGAAACUCCAGAAAUACGCUCCGCAAGACCCGCACACGUUUUCGCUCUCUUACCAAGCGUUCUGUCGGCAGGGGCAAAAAGCGAUCACCUGCGCAAAGUUGUUGCAGAAGUUGGCGAAUUUGGAGAGGAAGAUGGAAGAAAAUUUUGUAACCACUUGUGCGGACACUGGGGAGUACGAAAAGCUCGAGGCGAUACCGUUUCAAACCAGGCCGAGUCGGAACAGUUAUUUGCUGUCCGAGGUGUUGCCCUGCUUGACACAUUUCGUCAGCAAGUACCUGUCCAAUCCGGAAUUGAGCAAAGUGGAAUUAGAUUUGGAGGUCUUAAGGCAGGAGCUGUUCUCCAUCCUGUCGGAAGUUUUCGGCAUAAUAAGCGGGAAGAACGAUGUGAAAAUCAACUCGGUGGAUGAUGCGAAAAAGGAGCUGGCGGCGAUUGUGUCGAAAAUUGAGGGAAUGAAGGUCAGCACAAUUAAGGAGCACGAGGCGCGAUUCAAGAUUUGGAAGGCGAUGGGAAAAUCGAAGGAUUUCUUCAACGCGGAGUUGAGGAAAUUGAAGAACCCGGAAGGUAUGAAGUUUGUUUUAGAUUAUUUGUUUCUGAGGCUUAUUGAUGAAUGAAAUUUGUCGACUAGAGGUGUGGGAAGUUGAAAUUUUUGCCAGUACGGGAGACGUCGACACUCACUGUCUAUUUUUUCUUCCUCAAGAUGAUCUUCAUUCAAUACCGCUACACAAAAAUCAGCCUCCUGGGGCCCGUUCGAGCACUUUCAGAAGUUCGAGAGAUACCUGGAGAUGGACCUUGUUCCGAACGAGUUGGUUGAUGAACCCGCCCUGAAAACCUUCGCCGACUCGUGCGCAAAACUGUUUGCGACGCCCCUGAAAAUGAUGCAGCAGAGUAUCAUGGACAGUAAAUCCUCUCCCGAAGGAAGCGGGAAGUAAACAUAGCGGAGCAUCGGCGUAAUUGCGCACCAGACGCUAACACAACAUCCUCUUCGAACAAUUUAGAAUUACGUCACACAAGACGCAAGGCCAAGAAAAAACAUUUCCGAUAGAAUGCAGCGAAGAACUAAAUGCAGCUUGCUAUCAAAAUCUUUCGAAAACUAACUACAUCACCGAAGGUAUGAUGAGAUGAUAUGGAGCUCCUGUUUACACAAUGGGAGAUGAAGAAUUUUGAGUUAUAUGCAUACGCGCAUCUUCUCAAAGUUACUUCUUUCGACAGGAUUUGACCCUAUUCAUCAUGGACAUAAAAACACAACAUAGCACAUAAUUGAUGGCGCCGCAUAGAACAAUGAUUUUCACGUUCACAUCAUCCAAAGUCGCAUGUUGUACUAGUAGAUCAUGCGAAGUAGUUCUUAUGACGCCGCGGAAUGGCAGCUACAAGCGGCUUCGGCUUGAAACGAGAAACAGGAAAUUGAUGGUUGGUUUCAAGAAAAAUGAAAAUCCAAAAUGACGAGGAAAGUAAAAUCUUGAACGAGG